AAGCUUCAGAUAUCGUGAUGGAUGCAAGAUGCAAGUCAGUGGAUCCAGAAAAUGAUUUAGUAGACUGGAAUAAGCAUCUGUUGUGGCAAGUUGGUCACUUGCGUGAGAAAUAUGAUGAAUGGGUGCAUCAGCCAAUAGAUCGGCCUAUACGCCUCUUCUAUUCGGAUUUUGUAGAAGCUUGUUCAAAAACAGCACGGUAUGUGGUGCCAUUAGUUUGGUUUCCCAUUGUGAUUAUCUUUAGCUGGUAUGGCUACAGCAAGUUGGCAGAAGGCAAGAAACUUGGAUUCACAUCUUUCACAACAGAAUAUUCCAUCCCUGUCCACAAGUACUUCUUCCCUCUAUUAUUCCUGAUUGGAAUGUUUCUGUGGUCCUUGGUUGAGUAUCUGAUCCAUUGGUAUGUUGUCCAUAUGAAUCCGCCAGCUAGAAACUACUACCUCAUCACUCUUCACUUCAUGCUUCAUGGACAGCAUCACAAGUCUCCAUUCGAUGGUUCGCGAUUGGUUUUCCCUCCUGUUCCAGCAUCGCUCACUGUAGGCUUAUUCUUUGCUGCUUUUCACCUGCUUGCUCCGGGAGCAGUCGGCAAUUCCAUCUUUGUUGGAGGUCUCGGUGGACAUGUUAUGAUGAUACAUUAUUAUCUGCAUUAUAGAAGUUGCAUGGGUAGGUUACUUGGCCGCAAAUUACUACAAACCUUAUUUUUAGACCAGUGUUAG